UCGGCUGCUCUUCCGCUGCGGACGCGGGAGGGAGAAGCUCGUCCAGGACCAAAAAAAACAACCGAAAAAAACCGCCACCGCCAGCGCGCGAUCCAGUCUGAGGCCAUUCCACAACUGGGAAUCAUGGGCCGAAUUUUCCUUGAUCAUAUCGGAGGCACCCGACUGUUCUCCUGUGCAAACUGUGACACCAUCCUGACAAACCGCUCAGAACUAAUCUCCACACGCUUCACAGGGGCAACAGGAAGAGCUUUCCUCUUUAACAAGGUGGUGAAUCUGCAGUACAGUGAAGUCCAGGACCGAGUGAUGCUAACUGGGCGACACAUGGUCAGGGACGUCAGCUGCAAGAACUGCAACAGUAAGCUGGGCUGGAUCUACGAGUUUGCGACUGAAGACAGUCAGCGAUACAAAGAGGGCCGAGUGAUUCUGGAGCGAGCUUUGGUGCGUGAAAGUGAGGGCUUUGAAGAACAUGUUCCCUCUGACACCUCCUGAGAAUGACCUUCUACAUUCAAACUUACUGUUCUGUUUCUGAAAGAAAGAAUACUUUUUAUUUUAAAAGGAAGUAAUUUUUCUCUCUCUCACUCUGUCGUGUACAGUGUCACUUUAGCAUUGAGUCAAGCGUUGUGUUGUAAAUUGAGAGACGUAAAAUAUCUCUAUUUCCAGACAGUGCUUUUAACUCCCAGUAUCUAGUUCCUGUAGCAGAAAGCCUCCAGCGAUGCUUAGCUUUUAUUUAAUUUUUUUUUUAAAAGUAUUUUUCUUUGCUGUUUGUUGAUGCAGAGGAUCAGCUCCCCUCUGCCUGUAGGUCUUGCUGUAUGUAUCACUGAGGGAAUGGUUUCACAGCGAGGAUUGUGAAAGGAGUGGGUUCCUGCUGCACUGAGAUUGUGCUGCUGCUGCUGCUGCUGGCAGGGACCAGCUUCUCAUCCCAGGCUGCGGCUUGGGAUCCACUGCUCUCUUCACCCCCCCCAAACUGCCCUACCUCUCUCCCCCCCCCACCACCACCACCACCACCCAUCUCUAUCCAGAUCCUAUACGGCUCCCCUCCACAGACGGAUCCCACUGUUUCUCCCCUCGUCCAGAUCCUCCUGGAUUCCACACCCACAUCUGGGACCCUCUACAUUAAAACCCUCACAUGGAUCCUGCUGGGUUCUCCCCUCAUCCGGGUCCUGGUGGUCACAUCCCCCUCUGGAACUCACUAGGUCACACUGCUGGUGUCCCACUGUCUCCCCCUCCCAGCAACUGGAUUCCUCUGGGUCACCCCCAUCUGCAUCCCAUGGGGGUCCAUGCUCCCAUCUGGAUCCCUGGAGUGUCACCCCCUCCCCGACCCAGAUCCUGUUGUCUGCCCCACCGAACCCAUUCCCUGCACAUUCACCACAACCCCACCAUUUCCUGCUGGAACCUCCAUGUCCCAUAACCUGCCCGCUCACCCCUGUCCCCUGCUGGAACCACCAUAACCUGCCUGCUCACCCCUGUCGCCUGCUGGAACAACCAUGCCCCAUAACCUGCCCGCUCACCCCAGUUCCCUGCUGGAUACCCCAUGCCCCAUAACCUGCCUGCUCACCCCAGUUCCCUGCUGGAUACCCCAUGCCCCAUAACCUGCCCGCUCACCCCAGUUCCCUGGUGGAUACCCCAUGCCCCAUAACCUGCCCACUCACCCCUGUUCCCUGCUGGAUACCUCAUGCCCCAUAACCUGCCCGCUCAACCCAGUUCCCUGCUGGAUACCCCAUGCCCCAUAACCUGCCCACUCACCCCUGUUCCCUGCUGGAUGCCCCAUGCCCCAUAACCUGCCUGCUCACCCCUGUUCCCUGCUGGAACCACCAUGCCCCAUAACCUGCCCACUCACCCCUGUUCCCUGCUGGAACCACCAUGCCCCAUAACCUGCCCACUCACCCCUGUUCCCUGCUGGAACCACCAUGCCCCAUAACCUGCCUGCUCACCCCUGUUCCCUGCUGGAACCACCAUGCCCCAUAACCUGCCUGCUCACCCCUGUUCCCUGCUGGAUGCCCCAUGCCCCAUAACCUGCCCACUCACCCCUGUUUCCUGCUGGAUGUCCCAUAACCUGCCCGUUCACCCCUGUUCCCUGCUGGAUGCCCCAUGCCCCAUAACCUGCCCGCUCACCCCUGUUUCCUGCCGGAUGCCCCAUAACCUGCCCGCUCACCCCUGUUCCCUGCUGGAUGCCCCAUGCCCCAUAACCUGCCCGCUCACCCCUGUUCCCUGCUGGAUGCCCCAUGCCCCAUAACCUGCCCGCUCACCCCUGUUCCCUGCUGGAUGCCCCAUGCCCCAUAACCUGCCCGCUCACCCCUGUUUCCUGCCGGAUGCCCCAUAACCUGCCCGCUCACCCCUGUUCCCUGCUGGAUGCCCCAUGCCCCAUAACCUGCCCGCUCACCCCUGUUUCCUGCUGGACCCCCAUAACCUGCCCGCUCACCCCUGUUUCCUGGCCACCCCCACCUCAAUCCGACAUCUGCCUUCAAGUUAUGGACCAUUCUCAGUGCUUGGAGUCUGCUGAAGUGAGGUGAGCGGUGGGGGGGUGGUGAUGAGGGCUGAUUGUCUCCUCUUCGGAGCUGCCUCCAUGUGUGUAACUUAUAAAUAAUUUAAUAAAAGAAAAAUGACAGUC